UUGGUAGUUGGAAGAACUGGGCAUUGAAUGUGAAGCUGUCCUGAAGCUGGAAGAACUUACUACAAGGUGGUCACUGAGGACUAGUUAGCAAUAUAUCCUGUUUCUGGAAUUUGCCGGUAUUGGGAUUCUGUGUUUCUCUGCUCUUAACCCAGUGGAAUAGCCAAGGAGCAGGAUGGAAAGCUGAUGCAGAACUCUUACUUCAUGAGCUACAAUCAGCUUAGCAUUGCAUCCUUAAGUAUGGAGAACUUCAUUCUGUAUGAGGAGAUCGGAAGAGGAAAUAAGACAGUUGUUUAUAAAGGAAGAAGAAAGGGGACAAUUAAUUUUGUUGCCGUUCUUUGCACUGAUAAAUGCAAAAGAGCUGAAAUAACAAACUGGGUUCGUCUGACUCACAAAAUCAGACACAAGAAUAUAGUGACAUUUCAUGAAUGGUAUGAAACAAGCAACCAUCUCUGGCUUGUAGUGGAAUUAUGCACAGGUGGUUCUCUAGAAUCUGUUAUUGCUCAAGAUGAACAUCUACCUGAAGAUGUAGUGAGAGAAUUUGGUGUUGAUUUGAUUACUGGUUUAUACCAUAUUCAUAAGCUUGGAAUUAUCUUUUGUGAACUGACGCCUGGAAAGAUUCUGCUGGAAGGGCCUGGCACUUUGAAAUUCAGUAAUUUUUGCUUGGCUAAAGUGGAUGGUGAAAACUUGGAAGAAUUUUUUGCUUUAGCUGGAUCAGAAGAAGGUGAAGGAGAUGUCAGUGAAAGCACUCCACAAAGAUACCUGAAAAAUAGAUUCCGAGGCUCUCCAUUAUACACAGCUCCAGAAGCAAUAAAGGGAGAAGACUUCUCCAAAGGCAGUGAUCUGUGGUCCUUGGGAUGUUUACUUUAUGAAAUGUUCUCAGGUAGACCACCGUUCUUCUCAGACAGCGUUUCUGAAUUAAUUGAAAAGAUUUUAUAUGAAGAUCCAUUGCCACCUAGACCAGAGGGUUCUGCUUUUCACAAACCAUCUGCUGAGUUCAUUAGUUUGCUUGAUGGGUUGCUUCAAAAGGAUCCUCAGAAAAGGCUGAAUUGGACAGAGCUAUUGCAGCAUCCGUUCUGGAAAGGAUCCCUUAGCCAUUGUGGUGGUGAUUCUGCAGACAGCCAGGGCCCAAGCUCAAGCAGCGAAUACACAGAGUCAUCAAUGUCUUGGAGUGCCAAAGAGCCAGUGGAUACUCAUAAAAAUCUAGAUAACCUGUCAUCCUCAAGAGCAGAUAAUAAGCUACCAAGCAAUUCUUUCAAAAUAGUAGAAACUCAGACUGAAUUGCGCCCAAAAAGUGCAGUUGAUGGUGAAUCAAAUGAAUCCAUAUUUCUUCUCAGUUCUCGUCCCACACCUAGAACUAGUACUGCAGUAGAAGUAGGUGAUGCUACUGCCCCAAUCCAAAAUUCUCCACAAAGAGAUUCAUGCUUGAAAAAGGCUAAAAAUACGUGCUCAAGCCAGCAGGAUCUGGAGUCAACAUUGAAAGAGCUCAUUUACACUGAAUCUGAUCUUAUCAUAACACCAAUCAUUGACAAUCCAAAGAUAAUGAAGCAAGUACCAGUUAGAUUUGACUUGAAAACUUUACAUAUACCAACAUAUUCAGCUGAGAAGCUAUCAUCUAUGAAAGACGUGGACUGGAAUGACUUCUUGCAACGAGUAUGUUCACUGCUUGAUUCCACCGAGAAGAAUACAGGAGCAGCACGUUCUAAACUGAACUUACUGUACUAUCUGUGUACUGUGGCUGUCCACAAGGAAAUUGCAAGCAGGCUAAUUAGCUCUCAGCUGUUUCCUAUAUUGAUACAGCAGCUGCGUGCAGCCGCCAACUGGGAUAUACGUGCCAAAGUUGCUCGAGUGAUUGGUUUACUGGCAUUACACGCAUCUGAACUCGGAGAAAAUGUACCUGUUUCUGAGGCAAUUAUGCUUUUAACUGAACUCAUCAGAGAGAACUUCAGAAAUAGCAAAUUGAAACAAUGCCUUCUACCAGCACUUGGGGAACUUCUUUACCUCAUAGCCAGCGAGGAGGAAAAAAGGGAGCACCCCAGAGAAUGCUGGGUUGUUCCCUCGGCUGCUUACACUGUGCUAAUGAGGUGCCUUCGGGAAGGGGAAGACCGGGUAGUGAACCAUUUGGCAGCAAAGAUCAUUGAAAAUGUUUGCACUACUAUUUCUUGCCAUGCCCAAGGAUUUAUUACAGGAGAAAUUGGACCUGUCUUGUGGUACCUUUUCACACAUUCUACAGUAGAUUCUUUGAAGAUAACUGCUGUGUCGGCUUUAUGCAGAAUUACUCGUUACUCACCUAAUGCUUUCCAGAGUGUCAUUGAAAAAGUGGGAUUAACAGCUGUACUAAAUUCUUUGGCAAAUGGAAUAUGCAAAAUUCAGCAGUACAUGCUCACCAUGUUUUCGGCAAUGUUGUCAUGUGGGAUUCAUCUACAGAGGCUGAUUCAAGAAAAGGAUUUUGUGACUACAAUUACUCGUUUACUUGAAAGUCCUUCAACUUUUAUUCGAGCAAAAGCCUUUCUGGUCCUGCUUCAAGUUUUAAUUAAUAACAGGGAGAUGUUGCUACUCAGUUGUCAAGCAAGACUCGUGAUGUAUAUUGAAAGAGACGGCAGAAAGACGACGCCAGGAAAAGAGCAGCAAGGUGGCAGUGAAUAUCUGUCAAAAUGCCUGGAUCUUCUCAUCUAUCACAUUGUACGGGAGCUGCCAGGAAUUCUAGGUGACAUUCUCACUGCCUUAACUAACGUCUCUGGACGUAAACACCCAUCAACAAUUCAGGCCAAACAGCUGAAAAUGUGCCUUCCUAUGAUGCCUGUAGUACUUCAUCUUGUGACAUCCCAGGUAUUUCGUCCCCAGAUAGUCACAGAGGAGUUUCUUUUCAACUAUGGGACCUUACUUAAUUUUAUCAGAUCGAUAGAUUCAGGAGAAACAAACUUGGAUGGAGCAAUAGGGCAAGCUGCAUCAGAAGAAUUGAUUAAGACUACUUUAUCAGCCUUUGAAGCAGUAACACAGCAUCCUGUCUUGUUGAUAGUCCAUCGCUUGACCGUUGAAGAUUGUAUCCUCCCACCACUAGUUUCUUUGGUCCACAGUCAGAAUGUGGAAUGGAGACUCUUCAGCUUGCGGUUGCUCUCAGAAACCACAUCACUGCUUUUAAGCCACGAGGUCAUGGCUGAGGAGAAAGGGGAGAGCCUUGACUCAAACAGCAAGCUUCUGUCUCUCAUUAGAGAUUCAUUGCUGCCUCAGUAUGAGCACAUUCUGAUGGCUCCGGACCCACUACCAAUGUAUGCUCUGAAAUUGUUGGUGGCCCUGACUGAACACAGCCCUGCCUCUGUGAGCCUUGUGGAAGAAAUCCAUCUUUUCCCAGUUCUUUUCCAAGUCAUCUUGGAACACCAAGGCAGUAUACUUGGGAAUACAAUGCAAACUGUAAUCGCCUUGCUGAAUAACAUGGUUGCUAACAAAAGCACGAACAUGAUGUUACUCUUUAAAGAAGGACUGGCUCAUCAUAUCUGUAAUCUACUAAUAGAAACUGUGGCUCUGUACUUGGAGGCAGAUGAUAAAAGCAGCACCAAGACAGCAAAUGCACUGCUUCUGUCCUUGCUUGACAUUUUGCACUGCAUGCUGUUGUAUACAGCAAACAUUGUGCGCCAGACUUUACAGGCACAGAAAUCUGGCACAGGAGGGGAUACGCAGGCUGCUGAAGACCUUCUGCUUAUCAAUAAACCCCUGACGGACCUAAUUAGCCUGCUUAUUCAACUGCUUCCCAGUGAAGAUACUGAAAUAUUUGUGAGUGCCUCACAGUGCUUAUCAUUGCUGGUUCAGCUGUAUGGAGGGAACAGUCAGGAGAGUAUGUCUCCAGAAAACAUGGACAGCUUUGCUGAAGUACUGAAGUCCAAAAAAGAUACACGACAACUGAAGCUUUUGUUGAGAAUUGUAAAGAGACUGAUAACUUCAAACGAGAAGCGCUCAGAGAGCCUGAAGAAUGAUGGCGAUGCUCUUAUCCAAACUCUAGAGAGCCUGGCCCAAACUGCCAGCUCUCACGCUGAUGUUGCUGUUGCUUCCUUGGCAUUUGAAAUUCUGAGAACAGUGGGACAUGAAAAUAUCAAGACUACCAAGUGAACCAUUUUUGACUGGCCUACCGAAAUGUGCAAGUUGUGUGUGCUCCUCAGCACCUCAGUCCUGCAGGAACAUCUUCAAAUGAGCAGAGCAGACGUAACUAAUUUAGCAAGCUGAGCCGUAGCCGUGUAUGGGCAUAUGCGUGAAUUUGGGAGGCUUCAGGAAGGGAGGGAAACUGGUUUGGGGGGUGGUGGUUUGUUUUUUAAAGCCCUGUAAGGAUGAAUUCUUAGUUACUACUUUACCUUGCCGGCAUUACAUGAUGUAGCUGAAGU